AGUAGACAUGAAAGUAUACGAAGUAAAGUAUAAGAACCUCAAAGUCACUCAAGUACUUCCGUGACUGACGGACUCCAACCUGGAGGCACAAGCGCACCUUCAGGUGUAUAUUUUAAUAAUUCUAGUCUCAGAUUAUUAUAAUUAUUAUUACGUUGUCAUUUGGGGACCGGGCAGCAACGUGACGUGUCCCGGUGUUCUCAUUGUUUCUGGACACUCUGGAGUUUCACCACCAGGCGCUGCUGACCACCAGCACCCACACGAGCCACAGGGCGUACCGUGGAACACACGGUCUGUCACGCCAGUGUUAUAUUAUGGUCUGUAGUCUGUUCAGUAUUUGUGAUAACGGAUAGAUCCUUUUCGCCUCAAUCUGUUCUUUGUUUUAGUUUUUAAUUCAAAAAUAAUCUUGAAUAAAAACUUUAUUUUGAACUUUUUUAUGACGGUGAUUCAUCAUUCAUGAAGUUGCUUUUAUAAUCUGGAACACAUGUUUUUGUUGUUUGGAGUGGGAAUCAUAGAUGGAAACAAAAUAAAUCGAUAAGAACACACCGACACAAAAGCCUCCUGACUCCUCUGUUCCUUUUGCACCGCUGGCUGAUUGCACUUAAAUGUACUUAAGUAUUGAAAGUAAAUGUAAAAGUAAAUACUGUUAAUAAAAAAGCAAAAGGUCAUAAUGGUGAUGUUUAUUCUGGUAAGUGCUGUGGCACCAUGACUAAGCACAAGGAGUUGUGUUGAACAUAAUUGUGUUGGCUGUGAUCCAUCAGGAGCAACAAUGUUCAACAUCAUAUAUUAUACAUAAGUAUACUUUUGCAUCUACUAUGAACGUCUCAUCAUAAUUCUCAGUAAAGCAAUAUGCCACUAUGAAGGAGUUGUAGCAGUUUAUAAGUAUGCUCAUUCAGACUAGAUAUUGUGUUCAUGAAAACAUAAACUUGGUGCAUCAGGUCAGUGUCUUGAGAACCUGCCUCGUAAACUCCUCUGGGCCCUGAACGCAACAGGAAAAGGUUCUGCUCAAGCUGAAUCUGGGCGCGUGCUUCCACCAGAACUGAUCAUCCACAACAUGACUCAAAUAUCAAAACAUGAUCAAUACUGAAGCAGAAAGUAACAACCCAGUCAUUACUGAAACGGACAAAUGUCCUGUUCAUCUUCAGGAGAACUCGAGGUGCGUUCAGCUUCACAGACUGCGCGCGCAGCCUGCGCACUACGACGCGGCUCCUUACAAUCCUGUGGUGUAACGUUCAGCCUUCUAGCUAGUGCUUCAAUGAUUAUAGCUAGGAUUAUAAUUAUAUCACAGCUGUCAACACUUCCUCAGCUCACUAACUCGCUCGCGAUCCGUUUACUACACCAAUGUCUCCUAGUGGGAAAGAUGUGGUCACCACUAACGCCACUAGAGGGCGCUGUCCGUUAGAGAAAGCCAAAAAGCCGUAAAGAGCGAAGCAGGAAGUAAACUCCGUGUGUCAUGUGACGAACUGGUGACGUGUGGUCGCUGAGCGUAGCCACGCCCACUAAGAAUGUUCCUUUGUAUUUUUUUAACAUUGGUGACGCAGUACUUUGAUGACGUCACCUACAGAACGUCAGAGGCAUCAAAGCCACUCUCCUCUAUAAGAGGGCUCACAGAUUCACUUGAUCCCUCAAACCUGUUCACUCUCCACACACUGGAUACAUAUUAACUGCAAGUAUUAUAAUCUAUAUAUAUACAGCUCAUAGUAAUAUAACCUGCAUAUUUAAUAUUUGUACAAUAUCAUCCGAGAUCAAUAACAUAAUUCUUUUUUGAGAAAAGACAUUCUGUUGACAGGGAAAAACAGAAAUGAUUAAUUUUUUGAAGAAGAAUACUACGCCUGUGGAGGCUGUAGAUGUGGACCUCAGUAAAGAACAGAUAAACCACAUCGCCCUCCACACAGUUGGCGCAGGGCUCCUGCAAGAAAAUGACGAAUUGCGUAAAGAACUCAAGGACUUUGAGUCUGCUUUUAAGUACUCAAGGAGCUUGAAAAAAAAGGCGCUUCAACUUGCGAACGAGAAUUAUCGCAUCCAAGAAAUGACCCUCACCGAUGACCUUAAGUUCUUUAAACAUCAAAGCAUGGUCAGCGACAACCAUAAUAAAGAGUAUAAAGGGGAGAUAGAUACUUUGCACAAAAAGGUAGAAGAGCUGGAACUGAAGUACAUGAAAGAAAAACAGAUCACUGAGCAGCAGCAUGAACGUCUGCAGGACCUGGAAGUCGCUCAGCUGAAUUCACACAGAUUGAAUGAAGAAAACCAGUCUUUAAAGAAGAAAAACAUUGACAUGCAAAUGGAAAUUCUCGACAUGGACCCGAGGUUUCAAUUUGUUCUCAACAAAUUAAAGAAAGAGCAGUGUGGUGAUCGUGGAAUGAUGUUGCUUGAUGAAGAAGAAAAUCCAAAUCUUCUGGAACAAGAUCAGUUGUUGAGGAACUGUGAGCAACAAGUCAAAAAAUAUGAACAGAUAUGUAUUGAGUUGGGGCAAGAAAACCAGUCCGUACAUCAACGAAAUGGAGAGCUGGAAAAGGAACUCGAACAGUUCAAGAGAAAGGUGUGUAUUGAGGCCAUGACACAUAAUUUUGAGAGGUGUCACAAAGAAAUGGAAGAGCUUGGUGGAGAGAAUAAUGUGGCUUGUCAAAAACGGCUUGAGGAGCACCAGGUUGUUCAACAAGAACUUGAACACAACUUAAGCCCAGACGACAGUUACGUUGAACAACAAAACAACGCCAUGGAAGAACUACAGGAGGCCUGGGAGGAAUUGUGCACUUUCGAGCGCAAAAUGAAAAAUGAAAUUGUCCACGAAAAAAAUGCUCAGCUCCAGCUCGAAGUUUUGGAAAAAGUUCAUCAUGAGGUGAUGCAAGAAAAGGAGUCGCAACAUGAAGCCCUGGAACAAAAAGUCCAGGAGCUAAAUGAAGAACAGCACAAGGUCAUGGUCCUGGAACAAGAACUACAGGAGGCCCAGGAGAAAUUGUGCACUUUCCAGCGUGUAAUGGGAAAUGAAACUGUCCACGCAAAAAAAUGUCAGCUCAAAUUGGUCAUUCAAUGCCACUCUGACGCCAUAGCAUUGCACAUGAUUAAAGCAGGAAGGCAGGAGGAGUUAUUGCCGACACGUGAAGUUGAUGUAGAGAUCACAACAAAGGAAAAUGUGAAAAUCCAGAUAGAAUUGCAGUCCCUGAAGUCCCCAAAGCCGAAGAAAAAAACUCGUCGUUUUUUUCGCUGGUUUCGUAAAGGAUAAACUGCCCCCUCCCAUCUGGUUUUUAUUCAGUGGGUGUGUUGCCCCGGCCGACCCGGCUCCAACAGCGUGUGAAUGACGGCAUGUGAAACAAGUGAUGUGGGAAAACUCCCAGGCUCUGGUAGCCAAUGUGUCAGGGUGGCGUAGCCAGGAGCUCCGUGCAUCCCGGCCGGGGCGGAGACGGGCCAGGAGCCACUAGAGUCGGCCGGGACGGAGACGGGACACG